AUGUCUGGUUCGAACACUCAUGACACGUCCACAUUGUUGUUGAAGAUAUCAUCUCUACAGGCCGAACUUUCACACCUCCAACACCGGUAUGAUGCUUUACUUGCCGCCAAAGAGCGCGCCGCCGAGAGGUACAAGACCGACUACAAAAAGUGGCGAACUGUCAAACAGUGGCUUUGCGAGAGUUCCGAUUGUGGCAAGGAGGUGCAUCCGUUACUGAAGGAUAGUAACUAUGAUGUCUAUCGGAGAGCCUCUAGCAUCGACAAACGACGCAAAUUUGAAGAAAUAGGUCCGGACUUGAGUGCGUUUGACGAAGAGGAGAAGCAGACGUCCGAGACGCCUUCUGAUGCUAUGGGCAGGCAGCAGGAGGUACCAUCAACUCUCCACGCUUCGCGUAGAGAAACGACUAUUUCAACGGAAGUUGGGAUGCGGUCUGCCACUCCAUUCAAACCCCCGUUCCCGAUACAUGGACACUCUACUGGCGAAGAACUAGCAACCGGCACGUCUGUCUUACACAGUAUCACCUUGCGUCGAGAUCCACCCAAGAGACGCGGGAGAUAUGCCCAGGCCACUGAUGCGACCACUAUCAAUUCACGCUUCACUAUAAGUAAAGAACGCAAUCACGGCGUGGACUUUCAGUAUGAUGAAGUGGUCAAGAGCCGCGAGGGGCGAAAACAUAUGCUUGCUGACGAUUGUGAAUGUUGUCGUGGUUACUAUGAAGGCGUUGGACCACUGCCCAAGCCCCUUCAGAAACCACUUUGGCGUUCACCCUCUUCAACGCCUACUAAGAAACGCCGGUUAUCCUUUGACAGCCUCUCAGACUGUAAGGAAAACCGCGAAGACAUCGAACACCACAAGAAAGAGAUAUCACGACAUCGGCACCAUUGGUAUCGUGCCAAGACACCACCCGGCUACUGGGACAUCGGUUUCCCUGACACACAAGAGACAAGCGACAUCAACCGACGUGCCGCAGAGAUGUAUGCACAGAAAUUGGUAGAGGUUGAAAACGAAGCACGGAGUGGUAAGGGAAGAUACGUCGAACGGAUAGCAUGA